GUCAACUUUACUGUCAAAAACCACUUUGUUGCUCAACAAAGCCGGCGUAAACUUUUCUUGGCUGGCGUGAAAGACAAAUUGGUUGUGAAAAUGAGCACUUUCAUUCACCAGGAGCUGUUCCUUAAAUUCCAGCAGCAUUUGGACAAUGAGUUAGAGCUUAAAGAAAAAAUACGGGCCAUUGUUCGCGAAAUUGAGCAGAACAGCAAGGAAGCUGCAAUUCACCUCCAAGUUAUUCACUCUAAUAUUGAAAAAGUUCCCCAAGCUUGCCUUGAAGCUAGGAAAUGUUUCGACAAAUGCCGGGAAGGAUAUAAACAACUAGCAGAACUCAUCCCGCCAAAGCAAUAUUAUAAAUAUUGUGACCAAUGGCUCUACAACACACACCGCGUAGUGUUCCUGAUUGGGUUGACUAUUUACUUAGAAGCAGGUUUUCUGGUAUCACGCGAGACCGUAGCCGAGAUCCUAGGACUUAAAGUAUCGCAAUCCGAGGGGUUCCACUUGGACAUUGAAGACUACUUAAUGGGAAUCCUCCAGAUGGCAUCGGAAUUGUCCCGGUUUGCAACAAAUGCCGUUACACUAGGUGAUUACAGUCGGCCUUUGAACAUCUCCCGAUUCGUGUCAGACUUGAAUUCCGGGUUUCGCCUGCUGAACUUGAAAAAUGACUCGCUUCGGAAGCGUUUCGAUGCAUUAAAGUAUGAUGUAAAGCGAAUUGAGGAAGUUGUUUAUGAUAUAAGCAUCCGGGGAUUAGCCCCUCAAGUGCAAACACAAGCUCAGGCUGAUGAAGCUGAACAGGCGACUGAUAGUACUGCUGCUUAGUGUAUUUAGGGUCUACAAACUUUUGUUACUUUAAUACUACAAUAAAUAAGAAUAAACAGUGUGAAGUCA